CCUGUGACCAGUGUGAGUAUCGAGUGUGACCAGUCAGCCGCGGACGUCACAUAAGCUGCGCGAAAAUGGCCGCCCCCACCCCGAGCGGAAGCCCGACCCCGAAUCCCGCGCCUGUCACUACUAUUAAGGCCCCGCCUUCUACGUCAGCCACCGCUCCGUCUGCUUCGGCUUCGCGCGCGGCUCAACAGCUUCCCGCCAAGCAGACAAGAUGGUCGUCGUUCCUUUACAGUGGCAGCCGCAAACACGUGGCCCUAGGCUUGUUCGUCAUCGGAGGAGUGGCUGCCCUUCCGUGGGCGCUUCAGAGAAGGGGGAAGCCAUUGUCCCAUGAAGACUACCAAGAGCUGGCAGAAAAGGCGAGGAGGGCGCGGUUGGCGGUCUCUGCCUCCACGUCUCCUUCUGUAAAGCAAUAAUGUCUGUCUUCUCCGUGGAUGUAGGGUAUUGCCUUGGUUUUCGUUUAUCAUUUCCCCCCGGCAAUGUCUGCUCAUAAAAGGAUGGAUCUGUAGAGGAGUAUGUCGUCCAAGUACAUACUCGGGCUUGUAUUUUUUCUACAGCAUCUGGCUGCAAUUGUGUUCAGGUAAGUUCAAGAGAGUCAAGUGUGAGUAUGCGCUGCAGAGAACUUUGCCGACCUUCACAAGGGGGAUAGAGAGGGUGGAGAUGAUCGUGUUUGCCCUGUUAUGAAAGAUCUAUUGGUGUGAGGUAAGAAGUCUCACUGAAAUCAUUUUCGAGUUGCUUAGCUUGUGUGUUGAAUCAUUGUACAUCGCCCAGCGUCCACAGAAUCAUGCGGAGGAGGGUCGGUGCACCACAGUUCGCACCGAUUGGUCUUCCUCUUCCCCGGCCUUCUUGUUAGGGUGGGUUUUGUGUGUGUGUGUGUGUGUGUGUGUGUGUGAGAGAGAGAGAGAGAGAGAGAGAGAGAGAGAGAGAGAGCAUGGGUCGUCGUCAACACUCUUGACAAGUCUCUGUUCAGGUGGAGAAAUAGAGUCCCAGCAGGAUCUGUUCAAGGGUCCCUGGCCCAGGUUUAGAUAAUGAACCAGGUGUAGAUGGCGGACUGGCUUUAGUUGAUGAACCAGGUUUAGAUGACAGACCUGGCUUAGCUGACGAAAACCAGGUCUAGUUGGUGUAGUGGACCAGGUUAUGAAUUGACGAAAACCAGGUCUAGUUGGUGAACCAGGUUUUGGUAGUGGACCAGGUUAUGAAUUGGUGGACAAGCUCUAGUUGGUGAACCAGGUUUUGGUAGUGGACAGGGGGUCUUGUUGACGGAGCAGUGUUUGAUAAUGGGCCAAGUUAAGUUGAUGAACAUAAACCACUGCAGUACUUCCUAGAGUCGUGCCCGUUAACGAGACACGAGUUUAGGAAACGUAUGGGCCACUACAGGAGCGGCCAAAUUCAUCCAACUAGAAACGUUUCUACUCAUUUUUUUUCCGCGGCCGAUAGCUGGGCCAAGUACUGGUGGUUUAAUGAUAGGUUUCGAUGGACUCCGGGUUACGGGGUGGCAGUCGGUGGGUUUGUUCACCCUAGGCUCGUCCAGCAUAUAGGCAAGGAACAUAUGUUCUUCUGAAUUUGGACCAGCAGGAUCAGGAUUGGGAGCAAGGAGGUGGUUUUCUGCGAUGAGUGUCUUGAGCAGCAAAUCCAUCUCUUGGUUGGGAGAGAUGGUGUCUCGCUCAAUAUCAUGAUGGGGUUAUGGUCUGUUUAGUCCGGCGGCGGGUCUUGAGAAUGGACCGGCUUUGUCCUACCCUGCCCAUUAUUGGAGUAAACAGAACACUACUGUAGGAACCGCUGAGGCAAGGCGCGUUUUUUUUUGUCUUUGGACGAUGUAUAGUGCUUCGUGCAGCACUAAGUCUUGGUUAGCUUUACUGUCCAUUGUUUCAACAUUGAAAUGAUGCUCGAAACUUUUCGAGGGUCUGGAGUUUCUCUGCAAUUUUAUGGUGUUGCUGUUGGCCUUUUUUUGUUUUUUUUUGUUUUUUUGUUUUUGGGACCAUUUCACGAUUUAUAUGUGUCGCCCUUGUGCAGGGGCCAUGCUGAUUAGUAAUUACCAUGGCUACGGUACGGACGUCCGGACCGCC